AUGGUGAACAAGAGAAAUGUAAGAGAAUGUGAAGGAGUGGAAAAGACCAGUGAAGAAAGAAACACAGAAUGGAAACAGAUAAGGGAAGAGGCGGCAUCAGUAGCAGCUGCUCUACUUAGAGUUCGAAGAGCAAGAAAACGUUACAUUGGUGUGAGACAGAGACCCUCAGGAAGAUGGGUGGCUGAGAUCAAAGACACCAUACAGAACAUUAGACUAUGGUUGGGGACUUAUGACACCGGCGAAGAGGCUGCUAGAGCUUAUGAUGAAGCUGCACGUUUGCUUCGUGGUGCAAACACCCGUACAAAUUUCUUUCUUUGCAAAUCUUCUCAUUAUGUUCCUUCUCUUCCUCCAAAGAUUGCCAAAACCUUGCUUCUAAGGCUCAAAGCAAGAAACAUUGCCUCUUCUUGUAUUCCCACUAGUACUAGUACUACUACUUUUCCUACUAACCUCUAUGAUGAUCAAGAAAACAAAGAACAACCUGAACCCCAUUUUUUUCACCAAAUAGAAGAAAACUUUAUAGAAAUUUAUGAUGGUGCUAGUUAUGGUUCUUCUGACAUAACUACUAUUGACUGUGGUAGUGGGACUAGUGAAGAAAAUGUUAACCAAGAGGGUAGCAGAGAGGAUUUUAGAUUGGGAUAUCAUUGUGCUAACAGUGUUGAUGAUGGUGGAAACAACCAGAUUGCAGAGUGUAAUGUUGAAUUUGAAAACUGUGAUGUUGGAGUCAUUGACUUCCAAUUUCUGGAUACUGUUGGAUCAUUAAGUCACUUUUACUCUUCUUCCCCAUUUGAGAUAGCAGAGGAGAUGGUAGGGCCAAUGGCAGACGAGAAAUAUGACGUGGAUGAUUCACUGUUACUUAGAGAAACAUUUAGAAUGAAGUAUGAACGCAAAUUCUCAGCUUGUCUUUACACCUUAAUUGGGGUGUCCGAGUGUUUGAGGCUACAAGUUGGACCAGAAAAUGGAAAUGAUUUCUAA